AUGUCAGAUUUAGAUAAAUUAAGAGAAAUUGGAAGUAAAAAAUUCCAAGAACAAGCUAUAUGGAUGCUUAAUGCUAUGUGGCCAAAAGAUCAAGGAAAAAGUGCAGAAGAAUUAUGGAACUAUGUUGAAUUAUUUGGAAGUUUAGAAUUAGAGAAUGGGAAAGAAGGAAAUGAUCUUGAUGAAUUAGGAAUGCACAGAGUAUUUGAAAAGAUUCAAAAACAACAAACAAUGCAAGAAAUGAGAAACCAUUUAAGAAAAGUUGGUGUUACUUCAUUCAAGAAAAUUUCAAUGAUUAAUUUCUUAAUUUUUAUUUAUGGAUAUGAUCUCCAUGAAGUUGUUAACGCUCCACAAGGUGCUAAUGGUGCCGAAGUGGAAAAAGCUAAAAAGAUUCUUGAAGAAGUUACUGAAGCAUUUAACUCUGCCCAAGAAAAAGCUGCUACUGCUAAAAAAGCUGCUGAUGAGUCAAAGGUUAAAGCUUCUCAAGCUAAAAAAGUUGCUGAUGAAUGUGAAAUUAAACAAACUGAAGCUACUAAGGCAGCUGAAAUUGCUAAGGCGGAUGAGGAAGCUGCAAUAGCAAGACAAAAAGAGGCUCAAGCUGCAGAAGAAGAAGUUACUAAAGCCUUAAAUGAAGUUAAAGCACAAGAACAAGCAAAAGAAGAUAAAAGAAAAGCACUUCAAAAAAAGAUAGAAACUGCUGGAUUAGUUGCUAAGAACGCUGCUAUCCAAGAAUUAGCUAAACUUGAUAAUGAAGAUGAUUUACCUUUAAGAAGAGCUAAAACUACUCUUGAAGCUGCACAAAGAAAAGCCGCUAAAGCUCUUAAAAUUGCUACUGAUGCUAAAGAAAAAGCUACUGCAACUGCCAAAGCUGCUGAGGAAGCUAAACAAGCUGCUGAUGACGCUAAACAAGCUGCUGAUGAAGCAAAAACUCAAGCUGAACAAGCUGAGGCUGAGUCUGUUGCAGCAGCAGAAGCAGCAGACCAAGCCCUUGUUGAUGCUGAACAAAAGGUUGCAGAAGCUGAGGCAUAUCUUGCUGAACAACAAAAGAAAGCUACUGGUGCGGGACAAGGAACAAUGUGGUUUAUGCAAAGAGAACUUGAUGAGAAAAAGAAGUAUAUGCCAACAAGAAAAGGUGGAGUUGCAAAGAAAUAA